AUGUGGGUGCAGCAGUGCAGUCGUCUCACUUGCUCCUCCUCUCUGAACUCCGUCAAGCACACCAAGCAAUCCACCGCCAAUGCACCUGACAACCCCUCCACGCCUCCCUCUCCUUCUUCUCCCCCCUGUGCUCUUCCGCUCCGCACUCCGCCCCGUCCUCCUCCUCCUCCUCCUCCUCCUCCUCCUCCUCCUCCUCCUCCUCCUCCUCCUCCUCCUGCUUCUGUCUCUUCUGCUUCUUCCUCCCGCGCUGCACACGCCUUCUCACCAUGCCUCCCCACCGCCCUUCCUCCCUGCACGCAAAUUCUCACUCCCCCCCGCCUGCUCUCCCUCCGCCGUCUCGCCUAUCUCAACCACUAG